GAAUAAGAAAGCAAGUUAUAAAAACCAUAUUGGGAGCUUAAUUAAUAAGUGUGCAUCUAAAAUGUCUGCAGAACCUGUUUAUAAUCCGAAGAGUGUGGUGGAGUUGCAGCAGCACACCAAGAAUGAUCAGCUGGUUCUUCAGAAAAUAAUAUCGGAUUAUUUCAGAGAUGCCGUGAACUUGGGUGCAAUAAUAGUGGAACACAUAGGUCUCUUAGUUGCUCCAUUCUACUUUACUUGGGAUGCAUUUUGGGUUUUUUGGAUAUUGGCUUUUCUGACAAAUUAUUUAGGGAUAAGUCUUUGUUACCACAAAAACCUUAGUCACAAGAGUUUUAAGCUCACAAAAUCUCUUGAAUAUUUGUUUGCUUAUUUUGGACUUCAUGCUGCACAGGGAGACCCAGUAUCUUGGGUAAGCACUCAUCGAUAUCACCACCAGUUCACAGAUUCUGAUAGAGACCCGCACAGUCCAAUCGAAGGGUUUUGGUUCAGCCAUAUUACUUGGCUUUUUCAACACACACAUCUCAGAAAAAAGGGUUCUGCACAUCCGCAGGGUGGGAAACGAAACAAUGUAGUGGAUUUGGAAAAACAAGCAUACUACAGGUUCCUUCGAAGAACGUACCCGCUUCAUAUAGUUGGACUUGCACUUGUAUUGUACAUCGGAGGAGGCUUACCGCACCUUAUUUGGGGAAUGGGUGUUCGAACAGCACUAAGUCACCAUGCCACAUUCGUUGUGAAUUCAUUGUGCCAUACAUGGGGGAGAAAGCCAUGGAAUACCAAAGAUUUAUCCAAGAACAAUUCGGUGGUUGGCUUAUUAGGACAUGGAGAAGGUUGGCACAAUAACCACCACGCUUUUGAGUUUUCGGCUCGGUUAGGGCUCGAAUGGUGGCAGCUUGAUGUGCCUUGGUACAUUAUAGAGCUACUUGAGUAUCUUGGGUUCGCGACAGAUGUUAAAGUCCCUACGGAAAUUCAGAAAUAUAGAAUGUCUUGCAAAACUUAUAAUAAAUUUCAUCAAAAUGAAAAAGACUUUGAAAAUCCAUGGAUACGCGCGUUUAUUUGGUGACUUGGAUUUUUUUGGAUCUCAGUACUUCCAGGAAAUUUCUAUACGUUACUUCCACCUGUUGGUAAGCUUGUUAGAGUAAGGUACGCAGUAUUAAUGUUGUGAUCAAAACCUAGCUCCUUGUAAAUUGGAUAAUGUCCUUGUUGACAGGCCUUAUAUGCAGAGUGACUAUAUAAAUUGUAAUGGUUGUUAUGCAACUGAAAAUGAAUAGUUCUUAA